AAUAUUAAAACUUUUUUUAUUUGUGUCCGCUUUCUUUGAAAAGCGAGAUUUCCGCCUAUGUUGUAUGGUAGACAUGCGAAUAGAUGAUUCCACGGUUACUCCCACUAGGGAAGAAGUCAAGGACAUGAUUUUGACAUCUAGUUCAGAGACAGCUUUGAACAAUUCAAGCGUACAAGCUCUUGGCUGUGGAAACAAUUGGUUGAAUGGCAUUAAAUGGCCGCCUGAACAGCACACAAAGACUACGAGUGACCGAAGAGAAGAUACUACCUUCAACGAUUUAAAGCUUAAUCCCUCCUUAGUUACUCACGGUGGAAGGGUACUGAAAAAACCUGCACGUUAUAUGGAAUCCGACUCGGACGAGGGAGCUAGUGCGCGAAGGAAGUUUCCUUCGGUGAAGAAAAGAAAGCGUCUGCUCUCUGAUUCUUCGCGUCCAAAAUGUAAAAAUGGUAGAACAAAGUCUCUGGAGAAAGAUUCUUCUGAUCUAUUUUCGAAUCAUAGAUUAAAACUCCUGUCCUUUAAGCGGCAAAACGGCGAAAGUUUAGACUUGAAGAACUCGUUGGACCUCAGAUCGACGCUUGGCGUGGUGAGUUCUUUGUCAACAUCUCCUUCUCGCACUCAGCCAGGUGAAUCUGUUUGCGUGAAAAGCACGACAAGUGAGCUGCAAACGGAGUCAGAGAGUUCAAAUUCCUUUGAGACACCUUUAAAACGCAAAAGAGGUAGACCUCCGAAAAAUCUAACACAAUCUUUAGAUAAAUUACAUUCAGUUGACAUUCGUUCGAAUUCGCCACAUGGCAAUUGUGAAAUAAGUGCCACGAAAGCAUCUCUCGCGUCACCUUCAACUUCAAAAUUUGGUAAGAAAAGAAAACGGCCGAAAGGCAUACGCUAUUUGCAGGAGAGUUGUUUGUCGUCGAGCAGCGACGAGAAUGAAAAAGCGCCGUCAACUCCCAGGAGAAGGGGUCGACCACCGAAGAAAUUGUCGAGUUGCGAAACAAAACACAAAAUAUUCAGGACACCGAAUGGCGUUAAAAAACCUAGGGUGCGGCCGCAUUUGAAAGCUGUUGACAAACUUUCGUUCAUGAAACCCUCUAAGAAAUCGCUGGACUUAAUGCUACCUUCACCGGAAACGUUCGUGACCGGGGUAAACUCAAAGUUUGUUGGGGUUAAUGGCUGCAGGAUCCUCUCGUCUGGGAAGGAGGUUAAACGCAAACGUGGCCGUCCACCAAAGCCGAAACCCGAGCUUUCUUUUGAAUCAGACAAUAUUCUAAGUGAUGCGUUUCAUUUUACUGGUGAAGACGAACAGAGCGAUGGUUCUCCGACAUUGAAACGUAAGUUGAAGAAGUUGAAGUUUCAAAAAAAGCACGACAAAAGACCUCUUGGAACUUGUGCUCUGAAGAAGAGAGAUGCUACGGAAAAACUCAAACGUAAGGUCUUGAAUAAAGCCAGAAAAAAUCUUCAGGUAAGAGCUCAACUUAAUGUGUCACAAUCUGAUUGUGAGCCAUUGAUGGAAACUAAACAAAGUUCUGAAAAUGUCCACAAACGUAGAAGAAGAAACAAAGCUGAUAGAAUACUUGGAAUGAGAAGAAAUCUCUCUGGGACAUAUGAGUAUCUAGUUCAGUGGAAAGAUGGAACAAGUUCAUGGGCUCCAUCAGAUGAACUCUCUGAUUAUGAACUAGACUUUAAAUGUUUUCUUGGGCAUGACUACCAAGACAUGACAGUUGUAAACAGACUGGCAUACAAAGCAUAUUGGAAGGAAGACUUGAUCAAAUACCAUAGGAACCAAUGUGAGAUUGACAGAUUGGUUGCAACUGAUGAUGUGCACUCAGGGCAAGUCAGCUCAGGAGAGCAUUACUUAGAUGGACAAAUUGAUGAUUCUGAUCCUUGUCAAAAACAUUACAUCUGCAAAGAGGUAUCAGUGCAAAAACUCCAUGAUUGUGUUCAUGUAACUAUCAGCCGUUCGUCCAGCAAGAGAAGCAAAAUCAAUCAAAGAAUUGUGGACUCGCUCACUCUUGUCAUGGAGGAUGCUGCCGUAGAUGAGUCACAAUUUGUUAUUAUUAGUGGCUUAGGAGAAGAGACUUUCUGUGGGGUCAAUCUCAAAGAUUUGACUCAAGUUCCAUGUGAGGAAGAGCCAAGACAUUACAGAAGAGAUGUGGAUAAAGUCAGAUAUUUGGUACAGGUGCUAAUCGACUUUCCCAAGCCAGUGGUUGCAGCUAUCAAGAAGCCAGCCUUAGGAUUGGGUGCAAUGCUUGUUUCUCUUUGUGAUUUGGUUUGUGAUGAGGCUUCCCUUGGUGAGCCAGUUGCUCUUCAGAAUGUAUCCAAGGGACGUGUCCCUUACAGUUUUGCAAAGCUUAUGGGACAUACUUUAAUAAAUGAACAAAUCCUGAUUGGGCACAAAGUACCCACCUCUCAACUUGAUUGUCUGCAUUCAGCAUCUGAAGUCUUCAAUCACGCACGCUACACAAAAACAGUUUCAGCCUCACUCAAGGCUAUGAGUCUUCCCAAUGGAAUGUCUUAUGAUGACUGUUUGCAGACACACUGUGCUGCAGACUCACUCUCAGAACUGGAACAACAGCUUCUAGAGGAAGAGAAGAAGGCGAGGAAUGAAUGCAUUGACAACAUGAAAGCUUUUUGGAAAGAGGUACAUUCUCCACUUGACGUCUAGGUACAGCCUCAUUUAUGUUAAGUUAUUGGGCAAAGUUUUCGUGUGGUCCUUACUUUGGUGAUAUAAUAUAGAAACUUGUUAAGUUGUUAGGAUUUCACUGAUGCAUGUUGUAAGUGUUCUUGAUACCUGCUGCUGUAUUGUUUUCAUUUGCAUGUGUUAGUGUGCUAUGCUGGCAAAAAAAAAAAUCAAUAAUCCACCCAUAACUUUUGCAACUUUUUCAUACCACUCUGAAGCAAAUGAAAACCUAUAUCUGCAAAAUUCUUUUCUUGGUGUGUGUUGAAUAUUUUUUACCCAAAUUACCACAUCAAGUGUCUCAAAAACCUUUUUGCAAGACUGUAUUUCCACAACCAAGAAGGCAAAAACUAUAUUAGUUUUUGACUUUUCUUUUGCAACAUCCAUCAAAGUAGAAAUUUUGAUGUUGUGUUUCGUAAAAAGGCUAGCUUGUAAAUUUAGUAAUAUACCACAGAGCCAUUGUAGAAAUUAGAAUGACAUGUCUUAUGAAAACAAUGUGUUGAGUAUUUGUAUAUUUAAAAUUUUUUCUGGAAAGUCAAAGGGGAUGUCAUUUUGCUUCAUGCAUUAUGUUAGUAGAGGUUGUUAAGCAAAAUAUGGAAAUAAGUAUUUGUCGCAUAGCAUUGCAUAGCAAAGAACAUGUAUUGUCUACCACUCCAACUCUACUGUCAACUCUCUCUAAACCAGACAUGCUGUUCAUCCUUGAAAAAAAAAAAAUUAAAUGGGGUAUUGCACUAUUGAUGUUUCAAGUCAGGUUGUACUUUAAGCUUAAUUUGCAAUCUCUAGAACUGAAAACAAUAAGGAAAAUUUUUAAGUUGUGGUACAUAUUUUGAGGUAGAUUUCUUUAUGUCCUGAUUACCACAAAUUGGAAUGUUAAUUGUUAGUUUUUCUGAAGGGGAGAAAACCAGUGUACAAGGACCACAUCCAACAAAAAACUUAAAACCCACGUGGCAAAAGGUCUGGGAAUUAAACCUGGGACACAAGUGUGGAAGUCAAGUUGUCUCACGACAGCUUCCCAUUGCACAUGCAAAGCAAGAAAAGUACUCUCCUGCAGGUGUUUGUUAUAACCUGUGGAACAGAUGCCUCAAAGAGAACCAUCCCCUCCCUCCCCUCCCUCCUCCCCCCUCCAGCAACUGUGUCAAAUUAGAGAGGGUUGACUGCAAUGUGUGCAUCAAGGCUACCAUUAGUUGAAGGCUUAUUUUGGCAAGUGCAUAGUAUUCCUCCCUUUCAGACUGCACAGACAUGUACAAACUGAGAUAUUUGUAAAGUUAUCGUUAGAAAAGUUUCAAAGUGAGGUUAAUAUAUAUAUAUAUAUAUAUAGAUAUAUAUAUAAAUAAAUAUAUCCAUAAUUAGACCAAAGUGAAAUCAUCAGAGUUUUCCAUACAUGCAUACAGAUUAUAAAAUUGCAUUCACACUUGCUGUUUUAAUACUGACUAGACAUUGAUUCCAGAUUGGAGCAAAUUAAUUUAUGAAAUUUAAUUCUUUCUUGAAAUUUUCAAAAUGCUGAACCCAGUCCAGCCAAAUCUCACAUUAUUUCAUUUUGUAAGUCAUGUGAAUAAAACAAAUUAAGAGUGAAUGACACAAGUGAUUUCUGCUCUAGUAGCAAACAAAUUAAGUUUAAAAAAAUCUUCUUUCUUUUAUAUUUUAAAUUUAUGGAAAUUGGCGACAAUAGAUUCUGACAACAGUUUAAGUAAACUUGCUUGUACUCUUUGUUUGAGUACUAUGUUAGAAAUCUUUCAUUAAAAGAAUCUAUGAACUUUACUCUUUCACAGGUAACGUAGCAACAAGAAGAGAAUUUGCAAACUUUAGAACGUUCCCUAGUUUUCAAAAUAUCAGAGUCAGUUAUUAAUAAUGUUACAAUUUUCUUGUUGCACUAGCUUUCCUGAAUCGAGUCACUAAUUUUUGAGCACUUGUCAUACCCACAUCAAAAGGUAGUUUACACUCAUUGCCCUAGCUCUCCUGAAUCGAGUUAUCAUUUCUUAGAACUUUUUGUACCCAUAUUAAAAGGUAGUGUACUUGUAUUUAAGCCUAGUGCUGUAUUUAUUGUAUGCAUAGCUUUGCAUUGUCCACCACUCACUGAUCAUGGCAACAUGCCAAAUUAAAUGUAUCUAUAUUUUUGUGCAUUUUGUGAACUGUUGUGUAUAGAUAGGCUUUUGAUAUUAUUGUUACCAAAUGAAAAGUUGAAGUAUUAAAAGUAAAAGAAACCUUCCUUGA